UGCGCGCGUAGCGAGGUCUUGACUGAGCGCCCUUUCCCGCCGCCAUCAUCGUCUGUUGCCGAGCCUGCAUUUGCCGUGCUCGCCGUCCGUCCGUCAGCAUCCGGUCCGGCUCCCGAGUCUUCGGUUGUCAAUCUCAAUCUGCUACAGCCCAAACUACGGCGCGUGAUGGGGCGGGCGGGCCAGAUUUACGGAACGCUGACAGCGAACAUCGCCGCAGAACAAUUAGCCGCUGGAUAGGGUGUUCGCCGAGAUGCCCACAUCGUCUACAUAGCACGAGCAAUUUUGGAUGAAUGAAUGAUUGUGGGGUUUCCUG